AAAUCAAUAUGCCUAUAGGAACUAUUCUUAAAAAAGCAUCGAGUUUUAUACUUGGCGACGACAAAAGCGAAAAAAUCGAUAUUUCAUAUGAGGAUAACGAAAUUCUAUUUUGCAAAAAUAAUGUCUGCAUUCAUCCACCUAUUGUGGCUAGACAACAAUGCGAUAUUUUGCAUUAUCCUGGUUAUUUAACAGUUACAACGAAAACAUUUACUGACCAACACAAUAGAGCUAAAAGACCAACUUUGCUGUUAUCAUGGAUUCCAAAUACUUCUCUGUGCAAAUAUCAAGACGAGGAUGAAAUGGCAUCUUCAUUUUAUUUCUCGAAAGCUCCUAUACAUAACGAUGAGAUUUUAUUAGAAAAACAUGCAAACAACGACGUCAUUGAAAAACACAAAAGUGUGGAAAAUGUAACUGAUGACACAAAUUCCACACCAAGAGGGCCAAUUAAAGAUGAUGAUAUUGCAACAAGCGCAGAUAUGCAGGAGCUCCGUAACGAAUUACAGCCUCUUCUAGGAGGAAAAAAGGCAUCGUUGCAAGAUUUGGAAGCAUUGAUUAAAAAGAACCCUAUAACUUCAGUGAAUAUAACUAUUUCGAAUCCCCAAAUUGAAAAUGCUAAUAUACCACAAACAUAUAACUGUAUUGCAGUUUCCGAAAGAGAUACUCACCAAGCGGAAUCUGACGGAUCAGCUUCGGAUGACAAUAAUCCAAACUGGAUGACUCCCGAACUGCUUGCGUUUAAGCAUAAUCUUGCGUUUCCUGACAGCAGUAACAGUACACCAACAAUAAAACGGAAAUCCAUUAUGAAGUGCCGUAGGUUUUCCGUUGAUUUAAGCCAGAUGCGGUCUUUACGAUUAUUCUUUAACGAUAACAGUUGUACAUCAGGACAACUAGUAAUAGCGUCCAGGGAAUCACAGUAUAAAAUUUUACAUUUUCACUAUGGAGGAUUAGAUCACUUAGCACAGGUAUUGCAUCAGUGGCAUUGUUUUCUUCACAAUAUUACAAAUACAACAGGAAGUGAUAAGCAACAAUUGCCAUACCGCCAAUUUAUGGUAUGUCGCCCAGAAGUGAAGAAGUCAGAAAUGCAUCCAGAUGAAGGUGCUGUUCAAAAAAUUACAACAAAUUUUUUUUAUGGAACACUACUUAACGAAAAAGGACAAAUAGACGACGAUUUAUUGCUAAAGAAAUGUGUUUUCUUCGGAGGCCUUGAGAAAAGUUUGCGAAAAACGGUCUGGCCUUUUCUGUUGAAGUGCUAUUCUCUUUCAUCAACUUUUGAAGAUCGUGCUGUCUUAAUGGAUAUUAGAAGACAAGAGUAUGAAGAUCUCACGAGACGGCGCACAUAUUCUAUGUCACCAGAAGAACAAAUUCAUUUUUGGAAAUCAGUUCAAUGUGUGGUGGAGAAGGAUAUAGUGCGCACAGACCGCUUAAAUCCGUUCUUUUGUGGUGACAAUAACCCUAACACAGAAAUAAUGAAGAACAUACUAUUAAAUUAUGCUUUCUACAAUACCGGUAUAUCAUACUUUCAAGGAAUGAGUGAUCUAUUGGCGCCAUUGCUAUGUGAAAUACAAAACGAAUCGGAAGCUUUUUGGUGCUUUGUGGGUUUGAUGCAAAGAGCUCAUUUCGUGUGCACACCUACAGAUAAUGACAUUGAUCGUAAUUUAAAAUUCCUGCGUGAGCUAAUUCGGAUUAUGUUGCCACGAUUUUACAAUCACUUACAAUUACACAGCGAUGCAAUGGAAUUACUAUUUUGCCACCGUUGGCUUCUAUUGUGCUUUAAAAGGGAAUUUACUGAAGCCGUGGUUAUCCGCAUGUGGGAAGCAUGUUGGUCAAACUAUUUAACGGAUUAUUUCCACCUUUUCCUCUGUUUAGCUAUUAUAGCUGUAUAUGCGGAUGAUGUCAUUGCACAAAAUCUAAGAUCUGACGAAAUGCUACUACACUUCAGCUCUCUGGCAAUGUAUAUGGACGGUCAAUUGAUAUUGCGGAAAGCUCGGGGAAUGCUACACCAAUAUCGGCAGUUACCUAAAAUUCCCUGUACACUCGCAGGAUUAUGCAAACGCUGUGGCCCAGGAAUGUGGGAUUCAGAACAUAGACCAGCAAUUGAGUGCAUUGGACAUACAGAUGACGAAAAAUGUUCAUUGGCAAUAGAUUAAUUUAUUGU